UAAGCAAAAAUUUUAAAAAUCGUGUUUGUGAAGUUUUAGUGACGGCUACCAGCGACUGCGUUGUUGUUAUUUGCUUUUCAAUUGAAUCUUAUUAAUUAAAGGAAAGGAUUGAAAUAUUUGGAUUUUAAAAUGAAAAUCGAGGAAGUCAAGAGUACUGCAAAAACACAGAGAAUAUCUGCACAUAGCCAUAUAAAGGGCUUGGGAUUAGAUGAAAAUGGUGUACCCAUUCAGAUGGCAGCCGGUCUCGUGGGCCAAGAAUCUGCAAGAGAAGCUGCAGGCAUUGUGGUUGACAUGAUUAGAAGCAAAAAGAUGGCUGGUCGGGCUCUAUUACUAGCAGGGCCACCAGGCACUGGUAAAACUGCUAUAGCCCUGGCCAUAGCGCAGGAACUUGGCAAUAAGGUACCUUUCUGCCCUAUGGUAGGUAGUGAAGUAUACAGCACGGAAAUCAAGAAAACUGAAGUGCUCAUGGAAAACUUUCGUCGUGCAAUUGGACUUCGUAUAAGAGAGACAAAAGAGGUAUAUGAAGGAGAGGUAACUGAACUUACUCCUGUAGAAACAGAAAAUCCAGCUGGUGGUUAUGGUAAAACUGUUUCACAUGUAAUUAUUGGACUUAAAACGGCAAAAGGUACAAAACAAUUGAAGUUAGAUCCUACUAUUUAUGAAUCAUUGCAAAAAGAAAAAGUUGACGUUGGAGAUGUUAUUUACAUAGAAGCAAACUCUGGUGCUGUAAAGAGGCAAGGUAGAAGUGAUACAUUUGCAACCGAGUUUGAUUUAGAGGCUGAAGAAUAUGUACCAUUGCCUAAGGGUGAUGUACACAAAAAAAAAGAAGUUGUCCAAGAUGUAACUCUUCAUGAUCUAGACUGUGCUAAUGCCAGACCCCAAGGUGGACAUGAUAUUAUGUCAAUGAUGGGGCAACUGAUGAAACCAAAGAAAACUGAAAUUACUGACAAACUAAGAAAAGAAAUUAACAAAGUAGUUAAUAAGUACAUUGAUCAGGGAAUAGCUGAAUUAGUGCCGGGUGUUUUGUUCAUUGAUGAGGUUCAUAUGCUUGAUAUAGAAACAUUUACGUAUCUCCAUCGUGCCUUAGAAUCUGCGAUAGCUCCUAUUGUUAUAUUUGCAACAAACAGAGGACGCUGUCAAAUAAGAGGGACAGAAGAUAUUAUCUCACCUCACGGCAUCCCACUAGAUCUGUUAGAUAGGCUUUUGAUAAUUCGCACAUUGCCUUAUAACAAAGCUGAACUACUCCAGAUAUUGAAAUUAAGAGCAUCAACGGAGGGCAUAUCUAUAGACGAGGAAGCACUUACAGCAUUAUCAGAGGUUGGCGCUAACAGUACACUCAGAUACGCGGCGCAGUUGCUGACGCCGGCGGCGCUGGCAGCGCGGGCGGAGGGCGCGGCGCGCAUCUCUCCGCAGCACGUGCGCGACGUGCACACGCUGUUCCUGGACGCCAAGUCGUCUGCGCGCAUCCUCACUCAGCACUCCGAUAAAUACAUGAAGUAGCACCACUCCCACCUCCAUUUGUACGGGUUUUUUUAAAAUUCUUCUGUGCAAUUUUUCAUCCAGUAGAUUCAAUGAAGAGAUUGAGAUAAAUUAGGAGAAUGAUGUUUAUUUUGAAGAACAUGUUCUAUUUUACUGUUAUGUAACAGAAAAUUCAGCCUGAUACAGUUAUUCCUAUUAUUGACAGGAAUAAUAUUAAAAUUAAAACAUUAAGCAAUAAAUAUUGUAUAGACUUAAUAGUUAUAAAGAUGCCGGCGGUUAUUAUAGUAACAAUAUGUUACAGAUGUGCAACAAAAUAUAACUUUUGAAUAAACUAGGUACAGCUUUAUCGAAUCUCUGGCUUUGUAAUGAUUUUUUGUCUCAUUUUUUGUACAACUUAGUACUUUAAAAAACUUAAAGGUGUCAGUUCAAUUUGUUAUACAUUUUUCUUCCUUGCCUUUGUAAAAUGUGAGCAAGAAGCCUCGGUUUUCUUUAAUUUUACCACUUUUUAGUUUAAAGUAGAAUAAGUAGUUUUGUUUACUUAAUGUCACACAAUUGCAAAACGAUUCCAGGAGAAUGAAGUGUUUAAACACAUAAAAUGUUUAAUAAAUAAGAUUUUAUUAAAA